CACACACACACACACACACACACACACACACACACACACGGUAACUCCCCCCUCCGAAGGCGUGUGGUGCUCGUCACAACACACCAAAAAGUGCACGGGAGGAGGACAGCGGGAUAAAAGCGUGCAGACCGCAAUGGAGAGCAGCGAAUAACCGCAGAAAGAGGAGGACAACAGCGGCUUAACGGCGACAGACAUGCGGGCUGUUUAACCUCCAAACACACCGCAGCGGUGCUUUUAUAUCAUCGGAAAGAAGUACCUGGGAGACCCGUGGAACUAACGUCCCAUUCUUCCUAACGAAGCAACGACGAGAGAAGAGUUUAAAAAAAAAAAAAAAAAAAAAUUUGGAAGGGAAAAGUUUAGGGUGUUCGGCGCGGACACAGCGGCAACACGAUGCUUGUUCGGCGGACAAAGUGUGUCUCAUUUGGCGCCUUGCUAAUCCUGCUGGCGGUGCGCUGCUGCCUCACCAUUUCCCUGUCCCCGCAAGAAGCUCACCAGUUCCUCAGCAGGCACCGGAGGGCGAACCAAGUGUUCGAGGAGACGAGGCAAGGACACUUGGAGAGGGAGUGUGUGGAGGAGAAGUGUUCCAAGGAGGAGGCCAGAGAAAUCUUUGAAAAUGACCCUGAAACUGACUACUUCUUUCCCAAAUAUAUGGACUGUAUGAAGAAGUACGGAGAUUCAGAAAAGACAAAACAGGAUCUGAUCACAUGUGUCCACAACAUUCCCGACCAGUGUUCCCCCUCCCCCUGUAACUCCAGAGGCACGGUGCGCUGCGAGGACAAGAAGGGAGCCUUCCACUGCCACUGUUUCACGGGCUGGACCGGGGCCCAAUGUGAAAAAGAUGUUGAUGAGUGCAGCAAGAGGAACGGAGGAUGUGACCAUGAGUGCCACAACACGGUGGGCAGUUACCACUGCUCCUGUCGCCAAGGUUACAUGCUGGUUGGACGCCACAUGUGCAACGACCUGGACGAGUGUGAAGGCCUGAAUGUGUGUGGCUCGGCUCGCUGUGAGAACAACGAGGGAGGCCACGAAUGUCUGUGCGAUCUCGGCUACGUCUACCAAGAGGAGAGCAAGAGCUGUGUCGAUGUUGACGAGUGUGAGGCAGACGUGUGCGCGGAGGAGUGUUUCAACACGCCGGGUAGUUUCCGCUGUUUCUGUGACGGUCGCCACGGCCUGAAGCUGGGCCAGGACCUCCGGAGCUGUAAGGCUAUAACUUCCUGCAUCACACCGGCCCUGAAGAGGAACUCUCGCUCCCUCUACCUGGGCAGCAUGUUCAGUGGCUUGCCCGUGAUGAAGCUGCGCUUCCGCCGAAGGAUUCACACCGGAUUUUCCGCAGAGUUCGAUUUCCGCACUUUCGACCCAGAGGGCGUGAUCUUCUUUGCCGGCGGUCACUUGAACAGCUCCUGGAUAGUGCUCGCAAUGCAUCAUGGGAAGCUGGAGCUGCAGCUGAAGUACGGCUCCGUCAGCAGGGUCACCAGCAGCGGACCUGUCGUCAACGACGGCCAGUGGAGGAAGAUUUCGGUGGAGGAGCAGGGGCGGAGUCUGGUCAUUAAGAUCGACAGGGAGGCCGUGAUGAAGAUUGCAGUAAACGGUGACCUGUUCACGUUAAAGAAGGACAUGCAUGAGCUCAACCUCACCGUGGGAGGAGUCCCCUUCAAGGAGAGCAGCCUCGUCAGCAAGGUGAACCCCCGUUUGGACGGCUGCAUGAAGGAGUGGCGCUGGUUGACCGGAGACCGCUCCAUGCAAGAAAGCAUCACCACCAACGAGAACAUUCAGUGUUUCAGCACCGAGAACCCUGGAGCGUAUUAUCCUGGCAGAGGCUUCGCUUUCUACAACAUCAGCUAUGAUUCCCAGAACCUGAGUGUCCAUCUGACCUUGUAUCCAACAUCUGCCAUCGGGGUUCUCUUUGCUCUGGUCCACCAAGACACAGUCCCACUCUCCAUCGCCCUGGCGGACCACCAUCCUGCUACUGAUGACUGGAGAGACUUUGUCCUGGUGUCGGCGGGUGACACCGUCAUCGCCAGUUCCCCGGCUCCCCUCUGCGACGGCGAGAGUCAUGAAAUCCACCUGAAGAUCUCGGGCAACCGCACACAGUUGCUGGUGGACGGGGAGCCCGGGCGCAGUGAAGAUGCCGAAGUGGACCUUUUGUCUCCUUCCAGCACCUUCGUAGGAGGUCUCCCUGAAGUUCCGCUCGCCGCCACCCCGGUGUCGGCGCACUACAGCGGCUGUAUGGUGGUCGCCGUGAACGGACUGACCCUGGACCUGGACCAGGCCCUGCACAAGCACAACGACAUCCGCUCCCACUCCUGCCCCCUGCUGGACUCCAACCAGUGACCUCCUCAGCACCGUGGAGACUGUAGUCCAGUAUAUUUCCAGGAGACUGGUCAGACUGUCAGUGGGCGGACCCGUUCCUUGUCUCCGCGGUGACUCCAGGUCAGUCCAUAAGUGCCAUCUUCACUCCCAUCAGGCAGAAAUAUUCUUCAAGCUCGGCCCUCCAGUCAGACGGGACCUGGUGCUCCUCAGCACAACAUGCCCUGAACUUAGCUGGCGUCCAUUGAGAGAAGAAACCUUGUUAGCACACUGACACUGACAGACCCUAAUCCUGGUCCUCGGUCACCGCAAUCCAGUCCAGCAAAGGCCGCUUCAUGGAAGAAGCACAGAGGAGGAGGGAGAGGAGGAGGAGGAAGAUCACCGCAUGUAAAAAACCAAACAAGCUACUGAGUGUAAAUAAUGUGAGUGCUUUAGAAAACUACCUGACAAUAUUCAAACAUGUGUAGUAACAACCUGCUCUUCUGCUGCAUCCUCAUGGCACACCUGGCAAACUCAGGGCCCACGGGCCAAGUCUGGUCCGCCACAUCAUUUUAUUGUGGCCCACCACAUCAUGUUAUGUGGUCUAUCACGUCAUUUUAAAGUGGUCCGCCAUACCAUUUUAAUGUAGCCCACUGUGUCAUUCUAAUGUGGCCCGCUGCAUCAUUUUAUGUGGCCUGCUGCAUCAUUUAUGUGGCCCGACAUACCUUAUUAUUUUGGUCCGCCACAUAAUGCCCACUGCGUCAUUCUAAUGUGGCCUGCCACAUAAUUUUAUUGUGGCCUGCUGCAUCAUUUUAAGUGACCCGCCACAUUAUUCUUAUUUGGCCCACCAAACCAUUUAAUUGUGGCCUGUCGUGUCAUUUUAUGUGGCCGUCCGCAUACUUCUAAAGUGGCCCGCCACAUCAUUUCAUUGUGGCCUGCUGCAUCAUUUUAUGUGGCCAGCCAUGCUUUUUUUAUUUUGGUCCGCCACAUUAUUCUUAUGUGGCCAGCCAUGCCUUUUUAUUUUGGUCCGCCACAUAAUGCCCACUGCGUCAUUCUAAUCUGGCCCGCUGCAUCAUUUUAUUGUGGCCUGCCACAUCCUUUUAUUUUGGCCUGCUGCAUCAUUUUAUGUGGCCAGCCAUACCUUUUUAUUUUGAUCCGCCACAUUAUUCUUAUGUGGCCAGCCAUACCUUUUUAUUUUGGUCCGCCACAUUAUUCUUAUGUGGCCCGCCAUACCUUUUUAUUUUGGUGCGCCACAUAAUGCCCACUGCGUCAUUCUAAUCUGGCCCGCUGCAUCAUUUUAUGUGUCCUGCCACAUCAUUUUAUUUUGGCCUGCUGCAUCAUUUUAUGUGGCCUGCCAUACCUUUUUAUUUUGGUCCGCCACAUAAUGCCCACUGCGUCAUUCUGAUGUGGCCCGCUGCAUCAUUUUAUGUGUCCUGCCACAUCAUUUUACGUGGCCUGCUGCAUCAUUUUAUGUGGCUCACCAUACCAUUUAAUUGUGGCCCGCCGCAUCCUUCCUAGGUGGCCCGCCACAUAAUUUCAUUGUGGCCUGCUGCAUCGUUUUAUGUGGCCCACCAUACCUUUUUAUUUUGGUCCGCCACAUAAUGCCCACUGCGUCAUUCUAAGGUGGCCCGCUGCAUCAUUUUAUGUGGCCCGCCACAUUAUUCUUAUGUGGCCCACCAUAUCAUUUAAUUAUGGCCCGCCGUGUCAUUUUAUGUGACCGUCCGCAUACUUCUAAAGUGGCCUGCUGCAUCAUUUUACGUGGCCAGCCAUACUUUUUUAUUUUGGUCCGCCACAUUAUUCUUAUGUGGCCCGCCAUACCUUUUUAUUUUGGUCCGCCACAUAAUGCCCACUGCGUCAUUCUAAUGUGGCCUGCUGCAUCAUUUUAAGUGACCCGUCACAUUAUUCUUAUGUGGCCCACCAUACCAUUUAAUUGUGGCCCGCCGUAUCAUUUUAUGUGGCCGUCCGCAUACUUCUAAAGUGGCCUGCUGCAUCAUUUUACGUGGCCAGCCAUACCUUUUUAUUUUGGUCCGCCACAUAAUGCCCACUGCGUCAUUCUAAUCUGGCCAGGUGCAUCAUUUUAUUGUUGGCCUGCUACGUCAUUUUAUUUUGGCCUGCUGCAUCAUUUUAUGUGGCCCGCCAUACCUUUUUAUUUUGGUCCGCCACAUAAUGCCCACUGCGUCAUUCUAAUGUGGCCCGCUGCAUCAUUUUAUGUGUCCUGCCACAUAAUUUUAUUGUGGCCUGCUGCAUCAUUUUACGUGGCUCACCAUUCCAUUUAAUUGUGGCCCGCCGUGUCAUUUUACGUGGCCGUCCGCAUCCUUCCUAGGUGGCCCGCCACAUCAUUUCAUUGUGGCCUGCUGCAUUGUUUUAUGUGGCCCGCCAUACCUUUUUAUUUUGGUCCGCCACAUAAUGCCCACUGCGUCAUUCUAGGGUGGCCCGCUGCAUCAUUUUAUUGUGGCCUGCUGCAUCAUUUUAUGUGGCCCGCCACAUUAUUCUUAUGUGGCCCGCCACAUCAUUUUAAUGUGGUUCGCCAUUCCAUUUUAUAGUGACCUGCCUCAUCAUUUUAUGUGGCUCACCACAUCAUCCUAAUGUGACCCGUCACAUCAUUUUAUAGUGGCCCACCACAUCAUCCUAAUGUGUCCGGCCACAUCAUUUUAUUGUGACCUGCAACAUCAUUUUAUGUGGUCUGCCAAAUCAUUCUAAUGUGACCCGCCACAUCACUUCAUGUUGCCCACCACAUCAUUUUAUGGUGGACUGUCAUAUCAUUCUAUGGUGGCGCGCCACAUGAUUUUAUUGUGGUCCGCCCCUUUAUUUUAUUGUGGACCAUUACAUCUUUUUAUGUGGACCGUUGCAUCAUUUUAUGUGCCCCCCCCUCCCACAUCAUUUUAUGUGGCCCGCUAGGUCAUUUUAUGUGGCCUGCCACAUCAUUCUAAAGUGGGCCGCCACAUCACUUCCUGUUGUCCACUACAUCAUUUUAACAAUGGUCCUCAACAUUAUUUUAAAGUGGCCCACCUCAUAAUUGUAUCGUGGACUACCACGUCUUUAAAGUGGCCCACAACAUCAUUUCACGUGGUCUGCCAAGUCAUUUUAUUGUGGCCGGUUGCCUCUGCCAGUUGUGUAACAAGGCUAAAUAUGACUUCAUGUUCAUGUACAUAUUUACUGUUAAAUACGGCCCUCGAAAGGGCGGCCAUAAUUGCGAUGUGGCCCCCAAUAAAAAGGAGUUUGACACGCCUGCCUUAGGAGGAUCACAAGCAAUAGAAAGUUCUUUAUUUGGUAGGUGCUAAAUAAACCAAACUGCAGAAAAAAGCCAAUGUUGAAAGGAGCGAUGUGAUUGGUCAAAGAUUUACUCUGGUUUUUUUUUUCAUUUUCCAGUUUUCUCAUGUUUAAGGCCAGAAAGUUGCUUCCUUUUUUUAAAUCUGGUUUGAAAUCAUGUGUUGUAUAUUGUAACGCUCGUUAGAUUGUAUUGUUCUUUUAUCAGCUCACUGUGUCUACAAUGCUACAAUCCUAUUGAAAGAGCAAAAUAAAGAGUUCUAUGAACGAGGAAAA